UCAAAGAGACGACCACAACACCACUAUCUCAUCCCUGUGUUCCGAAGUCGAGGAGAAGGGCUCUACAAAUAGCUACCUUGUUACAUGAAUAGAUUGAGAUAAUAAUAUGAAGUCUGCUACCUUUCUGGUUGGCGCCUUUGUAAUGGGCGGAAGUCAAUGGCCCCCUCUUGCCUCCCGCAAGAUAAUAUCUCAAGGUCUCCCACGGAAUGGAAUGAAAAGUGAUGAGCGAGAUCCUGCAGGGGUGGAAUCUGUCUUUUAUCAAGCCAAGAAGAUUCGAAAGACACAGUUGGCGCGACUUGCCCGAAAAACCAAACCAGGGAGCAAGAAUCCAGGAGGCAAGCGUCGACAAAGACGUCAACGUGGAUUUCUGGGAGGAGAGCAGGACCCCAUUCCUGUCGGUCAAAGGGCAGUCGAACGAAUGAAGCAACAAAUCUCAUUGCCAUUAGAGCUAGAAAAUGACGACAAGGAACUGGAGGCACUGGCAACCAUGCGUGUUCUUCUCGAGAAAGACUUUCAACAUUUGAAAGACAAAACGGUGGUCCUUCCAGAUGGACAAGAGUGCCAUGUGCUGACCCAAUUCCCGGAUGUCUACGGUGACAUUCGAAUGCUGCGGUUCCUGCGGAAAGAUCGAGCCAAAAAUCCAGUCUCCGCUUCCAUUUCCUACCGAAAAUUUCUCCGUUGGAGACGCGACAAUGAUGUGGACCUAGUCAGGGCUCAAGUAGAAGUCUAUCCCUACAAGGUACCUUCCAAGCUACAAGUCAUCUCCAACUUGCUACCUUGUGACUUUGAUGGCCACUCCUUUGAGGAUUCUGUUUUAAUAUCCCUCUAUGUGGGACAGUGGCAAACUUCUGACCUGGCACGCCUCAUUAUUCAAGAUGACAAUGAGCUCUCUCUGCAAGAUUUCCUCUUGUAUUGGACCUACAAUUUUGAACCGCUCCACAAACAGCUGCAUGCCAAGAGCGCGGCACAAAAAACAAUGGUCUUUGUCAAUGCCAACAGCGAUCUCGACGGCUUUCGAAUCCAACAGCUAUCACCGUCCUUCAUUUCCAUAGUUCUCAAGCCUUGGGUCCAGCAGCUGCAGGCCAAUUACCCAGAGACGGCCAAACGGAUCGAUGUGAUCCAUCCACCGCGAGUCGUUGCUCUGCUUUGGAAACUCAUCACACCAUUGUUGAGUCCAGGCACUGUGGCCAAGAUACGCAUCCGCUAGCUAGCAAAAGCACAACGACAAUUCACGUUGGUAGCGUAGCUGUCAGCCAUAAGGGUACUCGUGGAACCCCUGCACCGUACCGUAUUAUGUGGGGUUGUGACUCGAAUCCUCGAUGGAAUAAGGUCACUCAAAAAUUGCUAUUCAAGUCAUUGUUGCCUGUAUGUUGCUUCAGCGCCUUUUGCAACCUGGGAACCCAAAAUUCUUCUGUCUUCCUGUUCACAUAGCUGUUGAAUGAAUGAAAGUAUUGCAACAAGGACUGUGUAAGAAAAGGACGACCUCACCAAGGAAGGAAGCACCAACUAUUGACCUACCAGUUGUAGGCCCAAUCUUUGUCAUCGCCGACUCCAUGCUUUGCCUCGUCGUAGUCAAACGGAAAGGGCACCCCAAUCCGGCACCUGGCCCGUGGGUCGCUGUAGCCUACUUUGCAAGCCUUAUUCCAUCCAGCAGUAUCCUGACGUGCCACAGCUUUGGUAUGCAGCAUUGUUGCUUCAUUGAUUUCGUCGGAAUAUCGUCCGAGUAGACCCGCAAUUCGGGUCUUGAGCCAGGGAAACCCAGCGGCCUCGAACUCGGUUUUAUUCAUCUCGGACAGGACGGUGACUGUGGAAUAGUGAAUAAAGUGCUGCAAUACAAAGUCUGGGAGGUGCAGAAAGGCGACAGUUGAGCUGCCACCAUGACGCUGUUGUGCUGAACGUGACACGCAAGAUGUUAGCUUAGCUUACCUGGCCGAUACAAUUGCUUCUCUGCUGGCAUGACAUCCUUCUUGGGGCCAGACUGGCGGUCACAAUUGUAAGUCUGCAAUACCGUGGUAUCCUCAGGAAUAGUCAACUCAAAACAGAGGAAGCUGUUGCUACACUGCUCCGUAUCAUGAAUAGGUACGGGUUCCCUGGCAAACAGCAGUGAAUCAGUUAAACGCCGCGGGAAACCUUCGCGAGACAAGGAACCGACCGAACUUACUUUAUUAAAUCUCUUCGAGGCCAUGCUCGCCAACUACCAAAGGAAAGGAUUUUCAAUCCGGUUCGAUCAAGGUCGUCCAGAAUAGGAAUGAUGCUUGUGUACUUGCCCAUUGGAAUCAAGUAUUCAUCAAUGUCAAACUGGCCUGAAAUCGUAGAGGAUGCAAGUGGACAUGAGAGAGUUCGUUUCUGUCGUGCUGCUGAUCUACCAUGCUAUACAAUGUCAUGUACUCACCAAUCCAUUCCACGUGGGGGCCGAAUCUCAGCCUGCAAGAGGAUUCUGCCGCGUAUUGUGAAGAACGUUCGCCAGGACUGUCGACGUUGUUUGGAUUGUUGUUGCAUACAUGAAAAGGCCACUUGAUGUAUGUAAUUUCAUUUGGAAACAUAUCUGCAAUGGGUUUCAAAGUGAUUUCACUGGAAAAGGCAUAGCUGUUGUCGUAUAGAUAAAAGUGCUCAAACCCAAGCAUCUUGUUGAAUGUAAUCCACUCCAACAUGCGUCUCUGUCCAUCAUUU